AACCCCCCUUCUCCCCGUCUCCUCCAUUCUAGAAGGGUUUUCAGGAAGAGAAAAGGAAAGGAGUAAUGGCGAACAAUCUCCACCGUCAAUUUUCAUCGCUCAUUCAAAUCUGCAGAAGGAAUCUAGGGUUAGAUUUCGCUAGAUCUUGCCCUCGUCAUCUACCUACGAGAAGUAUAUUUCUCAGUCCUUCGCGACAGCAGCAACAAGAAAGCCCAAAAGCAGCGGUAGCAGAAGAAGAGAUCUCUCAUCCUCUCCCAACGGCGGAAGAAAAUUCUGAAAGCUCCAGCAACCCAGACGCUGUAAGCGAGGGAGAAGAAUAUGAUGGCAUUUUCGUAAAUAAGGAGACUGGCGAGAUCGGCGGGCCGAGAGGGCCCGAGCCGACCCGGUACGGCGACUGGGAGCGAGGCGGCCGCUGCUCGGAUUUUUAGCAUCCACACAAAAGAAAAUAAGGG